AAGUCAUGUGUGUGAUAUAAAACUCUAUAGGUUGGUGUCGAAUUGUUAUUAUUGUGUUAUUUGGUUAGUGCAAAUAAGACUACUGAAUAAUGCAGAAGUGCCCCCUAGUGGCCCCAAGAAUUGACUAAUCAAGAAAAUCACGAAAUGGUUUCAAAAUGUUGACUGGCGCAAUCCAUCUGAAUGAAGGAAAUCAUGGGAAAACAUGCGCAAUAUUCAAUGGAUCAAAAAAAGAAAAGUCCACUAGAUGUUGAAUUCACCAAAAAUGAAGAGAAAAAGGAAGAUACAACCAAGCAAAUAUCGUUUUAUCAAAUGUUCAGAUAUGCCUCAGGAUUCGAUAAAUUCCUAUUGGCCAUAGGACUACUGGGCGGUAUUGGAACUGGAGUACUUCAGCCUAUGAACACGAUUUUAUUCGGAUCUCUAACGGGUGAUAUAAUCAAUUAUGCUGCCUCAAAAUUCAAUGCCACCAUGUCAGAUGUUGAAAGACAAACGGCCGAAGAUGAUUUUUUCGAUGCAAUCAAGUAUUUCGCCCUGAUGAAUUCGGUCUUGGGAAUCGGCAUGGUUGUGCUGAGCUACCUUUCAACAGUUACUUUCAACUACAGUGCGAUGAGACAAGUUUUUAAAGUGAGAUCGAUAUAUCUGAGUAAAAUCCUUGAUCAGGACAUCAGUUGGUAUGACAUGAACCAAACUGGAGAUUUCUCUAGUAGAAUGUCAGAGGAUUUAUCAAAAUUUGAAGAUGGAAUUGGAGAGAAGGUGCCAGUAUUCCUGAACUUUCAAGUUAUAUUCAUUACAUCAUUGGUUAUUGCACUCGUGAAAGGAUGGGAAUUAGCACUCAUUUGUCUAACAUCGUUACCUGCCUCCCUUAUAGCAUUAGGAAUCGUCAGUGUUUUAACCACUAAAUUAUCCAAAAAUGAACUGGAUGCUUACGGUACUGCAGGAGCGAUAGCAGAAGAAGUCUUAUCUUCUAUUAGAACAGUUAUAGCAUUUGGCGGACAAGAGAAGGAAAUAGAAAGAUACGGGAGUAAUUUGAUUUUUGCGAGGAAGAAUAAUAUCAAGAGAUCACUAUUUUCUGCCUUGGGCUUCGGCAUUCUAUGGUUCGUGAUUUAUUCCAGUUACGCCUUAGCCUUUUGGUAUGGGGUGAAGCUGAUCCUAGAACAAAGAGGUUGGGAAAGUCCUGUAUAUACUCCAGGGAAUAUGGUCACUGUAUUCUUCUGCGUGAUGAAUGGUUCGAUGAAUUUUGGAAUUUCUUCUCCUUAUAUUGAAGCUUUUGGUAUAUCGAAAGCGGCUGCUGGUAAAAUUUUCAGUGUUAUCGACAACGUUCCCACUAUUAACCUUUCCAAAGGAAAAGGAAAGCAAAAUGAUAAAAUCAAAGGGAACAUUAAGUUUAGUAAUGUCAAUUUCCACUAUCCUUCCAGACCAGAUGUCCCGAUUUUACAAGAUUUGAACUUAGAUAUAAAAGCAGGUGAGACAGUAGCUUUAGUUGGCAGUUCUGGAUGUGGUAAAUCAACUGUAAUUCAACUAAUUCAAAGGUUUUACGAUCCUACUUCUGGUGAAGUCACCAUUGACAAAGAAAAUAUAAAAAAUCUCGACCUAACUUGGAUGCGAAAGAACAUUGGGGUUGUAGGUCAAGAGCCGAUUCUGUUCGGAACCACCAUCAUGGAGAAUAUAAAAUAUGGAAAUUUGGAUGCGACCGAAGAAGACAUCAUCGCGGCAGCUAGGAAAGCAAACGCUCAUACUUUCAUCAAAAUGCUUCCGAAUGGAUACAACACCCUGGUGGGGGAAAGGGGGGCACAGUUGUCGGGAGGGCAAAAACAACGAAUAGCCAUUGCCAGAGCUCUAGUCAGAAAUCCUUCCAUACUUUUGUUAGACGAAGCCACUUCUGCCUUGGAUAAUGCGAGUGAGGCUAAAGUUCAAGCAGCUUUAGAUUCUGCUAGUAUGGGAUGUACAACAGUGAUUGUCGCUCAUCGAUUAUCUACUAUACAAGGAGCGAACAAGAUUAUAGUAUUUUCAAAAGGAGCUGUUACAGAACUAGGAACUCACGAUGAGCUCAUGGCACUGAAGAAAGACUACUAUAAUUUGGUGAUGGCACAAGUCAAGAGUAUGGAAAAAGUUACAGAAUACGGAAACACUGACAAAAAACGAGAGGAAGUUGAUGAUGACACUGAAGAUGUUCCAACAGAAAUAUCAGAAUUAGCUGAAGAUGAUGAAGACGAUUUCCAAUCCGAUAGAGACAUGGGACUACUCGAUGUAGCCAAAAUGAAUAGGCCAGAAUUGAAACAGAUUGUGGUAGCCAGUAUAGGGUCUAUUGUUAUAGGCUGUUCUAUGCCAGUUUUCUCUGUUCUGUUUGGAAGCAUUCUUGGAACUCUAGCCAAUAGUGACGAAGAUUAUGUUCGUUCUGAAACUAACAAAUAUUCCACGUACUUAGUUAUUGCCGGAGUUAUAAGCAUGGUGUCCAUAUUCUGCCAGAUAUAUUUGUUUGGCAUAGCUGGGGAAAGAAUGACUGAGAGGAUACGAAGUAGAAUGUUUUCAGCGAUGCUGAAUCAGGAAAUUGGGUUUUUCGACAAGAAAACGAAUGGAGUUGGAGCUCUCUGUGCCAAACUUUCCAAUGAUGCUGCAAGCGUUCAAGGAGCAACAGGACAAAGGAUUGGCGUUGUUUUACAGUCGAUCGCAACUUUCGCUCUCGGCGUUGGUUUGGCCAUGUAUUAUGAAUACAGAUUAGGAUUUGUCACGGUGGCUUUCAUGCCGUUUCUUCUGAUAGCCCUCUUCUUCGAGAAGAGAAAUUCUUCUGGGCAGAAUGAUACUCGAGGCCAGGCACUCCAGAAAUCCACCAAGAUUGCAGUAGAAGGAGUUGGCAAUAUACGAACAGUCGCAUCUUUGGGUUUAGAAGAGAAGUUCCAUCAUAUCUAUAUAUCAGAACUUCUUCCGUACUACAAAUAUUCUAAUCGUACAAUUCAAUGGCGUGGAGUAGUUUUUGGUUUGUCGAGGGGUAUAAUGUUUUUCGCUUACUCUGCAGCUAUGUUUUACGGAGGCUCUCUAAUAAAGAAUGAGGGUCUAGCUUACGAGAAAGUAUUCAAGGUUGCUCAGGCACUCAUCAUGGGAACUGCUUCCAUAGCCAACUCUCUUGCUUUCACGCCGAACUUUACGAAAGGAGUGGCAGCUGCAAAAAGCGUACAAAAGUUCCUAGAGAGGAUACCUAAAAUAGGAGACGAUAAACAGUCACGAAAUUUGAACGAAGUAAGUGGUGAAAUUGGCUUCUGGAAAAUCAAAUUUUCAUAUCCAACUAGACGAGGCAUAACUGUCAUCCAAGACCUGAUGCUGAACAUUUCCCAAGGGAAGACGGUGGCCCUCGUAGGGCACAGUGGAUGUGGAAAGUCGACGCUCAUACAGCUGAUUGAGAGAUUUUACGAUCCCGUAGAAGGCGAAGUGACGCUGGACAAGAACAAUGUCAAGAGCCUGAAGCUGAGCUCGCUGAGAUCGCAUCUGGGAAUUGUGUCUCAGGAACCCAAUCUUUUCAACAAGACGAUCAGGGAAAACAUAUCGUAUGGGGACAAUUCUCGGCUGGUUCCGAUGGAUGAGGUCAUACAGGCUGCCAAGGAUGCUAAUAUUCAUACAUUCAUCAGUGGCCUACCCAAGGGUUACGAAACAACGCUAGGUGAAAAAGCGGUACAGCUAUCUGGCGGCCAGAAACAACGAAUUGCGAUUGCCAGAGCUUUAGUGAGAAAUCCGAAAGUAUUGUUACUGGAUGAGGCUACCUCAGCAUUGGAUACGGAAAGUGAAAAGAUUGUUCAAGAAGCACUAGACCGUGCUAGAAAGGGUAGGACUUGCAUAACGAUUGCCCAUCGACUAUCAACCAUUCAAGAUGCCGACAUGAUCUGUGUGAUAGAUCGAGGAAUAGUCGCUGAGGCUGGAACUCAUCAAAAUCUUUUAGAGAAAAAAGGUCUUUACUAUAAGUUGCAAACACAGAAGAAUUGAGUACCUAUGAAGUAUGAUAUUCAUGCAUAUAUGCAUAAACAGUCAACAUGUGUGUCUCAAAUCAGAUCCUAUAAUAGUUAUUAUACAGUGCUUCCAUGAAGUGAAGCAAAAAUCCAUUAUAUUAUCUAAAUAAACAAUACUGUUGAAAAUCGUGAAACAGACCGAUUUCUGAUAUUAAUUUACUGUUUUUCAAAACAAUAAUCUUAUAUACAGGGUGAACCACCUACAUGUGAUGACGUCAACACCAUUUUUUUUUUAAAUGGAACACUCCAUUUUCUGGAUUUCCUUUUUACCUAUCAUUUCUGAAGUUUUUGAAAUCGAAUAACAAUGUAUUUUCUUCUUCAGAAGUGUAAUUUUGUGAUUUUUUUUUCUAAAUAUAUUUUUCAAUACCUG